AUGAAAGGGACAUUGCAUUAUCCACUAGCAUGCUACAGCUGUGCUGCUGCACUGUCCAGUCGGUACAGCGGCAGCAGCUUUACAAUUAUAGAGUUGACCGAGCAACAGCUAGGGGACCUGAUUCCAUCUGGUCCCUCUGAAAGCGUAUCUGGUCCCUAUCCAGCUCCUCAUCUGAAUGACAUUUUGAGAGAGAUUUUGGAGUUGAAAAAGUCAGGGAUGUUGAAGCAGAAGGUGAUAGAGGAUAAAGAUCAUGAUGAGGGAGAUUUGAAGAGGAUGAAAACAAAUUUUGAGGAUUUGUGUGAUGAGGAUAAAAUUUUGGUGUUCUACAACAAGUUGUUGAAUGAGUGGAAUCAAGAACUUGAUCACGAGACUGAUAACCGGAAGGAAGAUCAGGGGGAAUCUAUUUCGAUGGUUGCUACUUUUAUGCAGCGUGCUAGGGACUUGAAUCCGUUAUUCAAUCUGUGCAGGAAAAGGUUACUUGCUAAUGACAUUAGGAGAGCACUAGUUGUGAUGGUUGAAUGUUGUAUGAAUAGGGAAUAUAGUGCUGCAAUGGAUCAAUACGUUGAUAAGAUAGCAAUUGGUAAUGCACCUUGGCCUAUUGGGGUUACUAUGGUUGGUGUUCAUGAACGAUCAACUCGUGAGAAGAUUCACACAAACAGUGUUGCUCAUAUCAUGAACGAUGUGACGACUGGGAGAUUCAGCAUUCCGUUAGAAGACUGGUCACAUUCUGCCAACGACUCCACCCACUAUGCCAUCCAAGUCUGUGGAGUUCAAUAG